AGGCUGCGUUUUCGCAAGAAAACCAAUAUGUAAAUAGACGAAAAAAUGAAGAAAAAAAAUGUAGCAAAUCAAUAAGCACACCGUUUCGCAAAGCCGCAAAAUGCCGCGCCGUAAAAACAAUAAAAUUGAUAUCAAGCCCAGCUGGAUUGCCGAUUCCUGCAACUUUUUUACCCAUGUAAUUACGGAUACCUUGGAGAAUCUUCGCAAAAGUUCCAUAAGCCGCACUGAGAAAAUGGCGCUCGACAAACUGGAGACACAAUGGAUGCAACACUACAUGCCCAGCAAUCAUAUGCCGGAGUCGAAUCCCUGCCCGUUACCGGUUCCCAAGCCAAAGCCGCGACGGCCCACCGCAAAGCCGACAGCAAAGGCAGCCGGUAAAGCAAAUCCAGUUGAGCAGUCUGUGGAUCCCCACACUUUGGAUGACCACGUCAAUAUAGUGUAUCGCAUUUGCAUUCCUCCCCUGAAGCCCCAUUGGCAGUGCCGCAGCUUCGAUCUCAGUAUUCCGGCAUAUGUGUGCAAAGAUAAUUUAAUUGAUCAGCUAAUUAACUGGCAGCUGCUGGACCGCAUUAUGGAGCUGCCGCAGGAAGAGGCCACGGCCAUGUUUCAGAAGUAUGUGAAAAAAUUGCUGCUGUUGCAACAAGUUGAUUAAGCAGGGCUUACAAAAUAAAUCAUAUUGUAAUACACAAGUGUAUAAGCGUAAUUUAUAUGCAUGUAAUUAGUUUGUGAAACAUACAAGUAAAUCAUAAAAUGAAAUAAUGCGAGGAUUGAAAUUGGCGCAAUUCGUAAA